AUGCCACCGUCACCAACGCAGACGGCGAAUUGGGCCCGAGGCAAGAAGGGAUGGUUUACAGAGAGAGAGGAGAUUAUCAUGGUCAACCGUAUCAUCCGAGAAGACCCCAGCAAGGGCACUAUGCAUAAUCGCCAGCCGUUGACCCUCAAACUUAUUUGGCAGAGUUUCAAAGACUACGAUCUAUGGCCCUUGUAUAUCAUAGGAGUUUUGUUCCUGAUACCUAGUACAACAAUAUCGCAAUACUUUACCUUGCUCUUAAAAGAUUUUGGAUUCAGCACAUUCAACACGAUUUUGCUUUCCAUUCCAUGCAACGCGAUGGGCGCUGUGACCCGAAUAGCCCUUGUCUACGGAGCUGAGGCCUUCGAGUCCCUUGCGUAUAUGGGCAUUUUAGCCCAGUUGUGGACGCUGCCAAUGCUCCUUUAUAUGAAUGCGGUUAAUUUCAGCCAAACCAACAAAUGGGUCGCAUGGACAGUACUCACACUGAUGCUUUCUUUUCCAAACCCCCAUGCGCUUCACGCUGGGUGGAACUCUCGCAACUCGAACAGCGUGCGAACGCGGACAAUCGCAGCCGCAUUAUACAACAUGUCGGCGCAGACGUCUCAAAUCAUUGGUUCGAACAUAUACCAUGACUCGGAUGCUCCUCGCUAUGUCGUUGGAAACAGGACGCUACUCAUCCUCGCUUGCACGAACAUUGUCCUCUAUGCCUUGACCAAACUAUACUACGUGAUACAGAAUCGCCGCCGGGAUAUGAAGUGGCAGGCCAUGACAGAGGACCAACGAGUUGACUACGUUGCGACAACACAGGAUCAGGGGAACAGAAGACUGGACUUCAGAUUUGCGCAUUAA